GCGUGGAGUUCAGCAAACAGAGCACGGUCUUCCCACGGUGGCUUCCUUCUUCCGUAAACCAUAUCGAUCAACAACAGGCAAUCAGACUCGAUCACCAGAUUUUUGUUGGUGAGACCUUGAUGCUGCAGGUGAAGCAAAGUCAAGGCCAUCGUUCCCUCCCGACUACCAGGACGGUAGGAUCCAUCUAUGUUACAUUUGAGGAAGCCGCGUUCCGGAGGUUGCCAAAAACUCGCAGGUUUGGAGAUAGAAUCCCCUUUGUGCGAGGCCCCUGUUCUGUGGUGAGUAUGAUCCGAGAGCUGUUGGAUUCGUGUUUGGGCCAAGGCGUCGGCAACUGCUCGAUUUGGAUCAGGGCGAUGGCCACGAAAGAUACUGUUGUUGCGCAUACACCAGAUCUGCCACAGGACAUGAGCUAUUGUCUCCAACCCAGGUAAGAGUUUCUGAUACACGGCUCUUUCUGUAAUCCAUUGGUCCAAACGAUGCAUAGCUUGAUUUGAUACAGAGAUAUUCAGAUUAGGAUGAUUCCAGACUCCUAUAGUCCAUGGACAGAAGAAAAAUAGAUGUUCACUGGUUUCGGGGGUUUGCUGAUCACAUAGAGUACAUAUAGGAUCCGGGGUUAUAUGUCGAUGAUAUAGAUUAGCUCUAGUAGCAAGGGCAUUCUGGCAAGCUGUCCAUAGGAAAAUUCGGAUUUUCGGUGCUGCCUGCAUUGUCCAUAUUUUUCGCCAAAGAUUGCUAGGAUUCUGAUAUGAUGUUGAGGCUUGAUGGUUGUUUGGUAUAGCUGCUGAGCGGACUAUAGUAGUGUAAUUGCUCUUUACCGUAUACUGUCCAUCUUUUGUUUC